AUGAAGGUCAGAGCUUGUAGAGAAACAGUGGUCAACUUUUGCUGUUCGAAGUUUGCUGCCAUCUUCCUGUUCCUGGCUGUGUUUGUCUUCAUCUUUGUGUAUUUUAACAUGGACGUCCUGGAGUUUUUUUUUUCUCCAUGUCUUUGUCACAUCACUCUGCCCCCCUGCCAGUUUCAGCAUAAGGUGAUCACCACCUUCUCUGUCCUAAGACUUCACCUACAACACCACUUCUGCAGCUUCCAGCCACAGUCCCCUGAAGAUGCUCUGGAGGAAUGCCUCCUAUUAGACUCCAUUGCUUGGCCUGAAACUCCAUCCCUGCCAGAUCCUCUUUCCCUGGAGCAGACCACCGAUCCUGCCCACAGCAUCUUCACUAUUCUCCCAGAGAAGGGUGGACGACAGUGGCAUGUAGGGGAUCAGCUGGAAGUUAUGAUCAAAAUGUAUGACUUCCAAGGCCGUCCCAAGAAUUCUGGUGGAGACGUCUUACUUGCCCGUCUGCACAACCGAGCACUUGGUGCAGGUGUGGCUGGGCAAGUGCUGGAUCACCUCAAUGGCUCCUACUCUGCUGUAUUUUCUUUACUCUGGGAGGGAAGCGCACAGGUUGAGAUGACACUGGUUCACCCCAGUGAGGCUGUCACAGUGCUGCAAAGGUUGACUAAAGAACAGCCAGACAGGGUUUAUUUCCAGAGCGUCUUUCGCUCAGGCUCAGUGUCUGAAACUACCACCUGUAAUGUCUUCCUGCAUCCAACCCAGCAACCACUGUGCAACUACACUGACCUCCACACAGGUGAGCCAUGGUACUGCUACAAGCCAAAGAAGCUGAGCUGUGAUGCCAGGAUCAACCACUCCACAGGAGGAGUCAAUCCAAAACUCAAGGCCAGGGAGGAAAAGCUCUUUAAAAGUGGUGUCAAUAUGAAAGUCUCUAUUAAGGCUUCAGGGUCAGCCAAUGUCAACGUGUUGCCAAAAAUGAAAGGUCAACCAGAGGUAAAGAGCAGCAGUGUGAAGUCUGGACCCUCUGGCUAUUACUAUCAGGAUACAUGGCGAGCCCUAGGUGGCACCCCAGUCCACCAGUUCAACACAUCCUCUGCCAGUCAGUGUCUGAAAGGCAAGGUGGUUCACAUGCAUGGAGACUCUACCGUCAGGCAGUGGUUUGAAUACCUCACUGCAGCACUACCAGAUCUCAAGGAGUUUAACCUGCACAACCUGAAGCAAGUUGGGCCCUUCAUGGCCUUAGACUAUGCAAACAACAUUUUGGUGACAUACCGCUGCCACGGUCCCCCUAUCCGUUUUACCAACGUCCCAACCAAUGAUCUGCGCUACAUUGCCAAUGAACUAGAUGAAUUAGUUGGAGGCAAUGACACCGUUGUAAUAUUUGGCAUCUGGUCUCACUUCAGCACCUUCCCCAUUGAGCUCUACAUACGACGGCUGCAGGGAAUCCGCAGGGCGGUAGUGCGGCUGCUGGACAGGGCUCCAGAUACACUGGUUAUCAUCCGGACCGCAAACCUCAAAGCUUUGUCACUUGUUGAGGCGCUGACCAUCAGCGACUGGUACUCACUGCAGCGUGACAAGGUGCUCAGGGCCAUGUUCAAAGGACUGAAUGUUCGUCUAGUGGACGCCUGGGAGAUGGUUUUGGCCCACCACCUGCCACACAACCUCCAUCCACAACCUCCCAUUAUUAAGAAUAUGAUCAAUGUCCUCUUGUCCUACAUAUGCCCUCAAGAGGGCAACUAGAUGUGUGUCUGUUGGGAGAAAGGAAUGGGAAUUAAAAUCGUUAAGGUUAUGGAAUUCAAUAUUGCAGCAAAAAAGGCAUUUUCCCCAUAGACCAACAUUGUAAAAGAGACGUCUGUAAAACUGUUGACAGGAUACCUACAGCUAUAAACAUGGUCAGUUAUUACUCUUUUUAUUGUAUAUUUUUAAGCCAUGGGGGUUUAGUCUUUGUAAAACUUUUCCAAAGCUCAGAAAAAUCUGUUGUUUUCUGAAUGAUGUCACCGCUGUAUAUGAGCCUGCUACGCGCUUUUGUGUUGUUUCUCAGGAAUGAGGAUGCUUGCUAAGUUAAAGCAAACGCUGUACUGAUGUACAAAAAUUAAAGGGAAAACUGAAUACAUGAUACAAAGGUGAACCUUCUUUUUCACAAACCAACAUAUUUUGAUUUUGUGGUUUUGCAUCACAUUUAUUUAUCGCUUGUUAGCCUUUGUCCUCGAAUGUAAUUUUUUUUUCAAUAUAUUAGCUGUGUAAUGACUGGAUCCACUGAUAUGACACUGUAGGCGAUUUUUCAUAACUACCUCCCUAACAGUUUUCUUCAGGAUAUUUUAAUUUUGUAAGUCUUUAUAUGUCAUACUUUAUGUAACCUGUGUGUACUAGCAGAGUCUCAUCCUUUGGCACUGAUGACUGAAGUUCCCCAAACAUAUCAUCUGUUCGCAUCAACCGUAUAAAUUUAUUUUAUGGCUUAAACUAUCUCAGUGUGGCAAAUGAUAGCCCAUCACAAAACCUCACUCUAGCUUUACUCCUGUUUACAUCAGUUCUAUCAGAACAGUUGCUAGCACAAGUAAAUAAAGGCCUGUCAUAGCCCACUCGCCACAACAAGGUGCAGGCCGAGAGUGGGAACACAAGACCAGACAAGGACAAGACAAAUCCUGACGAGACCACAAUGGAAAUGGGACGUUUCCGAGACAAAACACAAGCAUUUUAAGAAU